UUCCACAGAUCAACCCAUAACCAGCUUUCCAAAUGAGUGACGGGGAGUGUGACUUCUUCUGCUUCUUCCGCUGCUGCUGAGUGCGCUCUCUACGCGCCUCAGGCAGACAGGAAGGCAGGGUGUCUCCUAAAAGUGAAGCAAGCAGGUGGAAAGGGGCGCAGGGAGACACGGCAAGGUGUUGCUUCAAACAAGCCACUUCAACCAAUUGAACCACUUAGAUCCGACAGGUAGACGUCCCGCCUACCUGCCGGGUGGUCGAUUCAAUCGACUAGAUGUCUGUGGAUAUGAACAGCCAGGCGUCGGACAGCAACGAGGAAGACUUUGGGGUGAACUCUGAAGAAGAUGAGGAUGAUGAUGGAGGAGAAGAAGAGGAGGAUCAGGGCGACAUUUCAACCUACUAUGAUGGGGUGGCGAGUGACGUGGAGCAACAGGGCGCUGACUCCUUUGACCCGGAGGAGUACAUGUUCACCUGUCUGACCUACAAAGAGAGUCAGAGGGUGUUGAUAGAGGAGGUUAACACUGUGGCUGCUGCCCUGAAGGUUUUACCAGCGGUAGCAAAACUGAUCCUGGUGCAUUUGCACUGGCAGAUUACACAAAUACUGGACAGAUAUAAGUCCAACUCGUCUCUGCUUUUGUCAGACGCUCUGGUCCAGCCCAGCAGCACCUCCAGAUCAGUUACUGCUUCCCACUCGCUCCAGUGUGGUGUGUGUCUACAGGUCGUGCGGAGAGACUCCCUGCUGGCACUGCCCUGCCAGCACUCAUUCUGCAAAGCAUGCUGGGAGCAGCACUGCACUGUCCUGGUCAAAGAUGGCACGGGAGUGGGUAUCUCGUGUAUGGCUCAGGAGUGUUCCCUGCAGAUGCCAGAAGACUUUGUCCUGCCGUUGCUGCCAGGAGAGGAGCUGAAGGACAAAUACAGACGCUACCUCUUCAGAGAUUACGUCGAGAGUCACUUCCAAUUGCAGUUAUGUCCAGGUGCCGACUGUCCCAUUGUCAUCAAGGUGCAGGAGCCCCGGGCGCGCAGGGUGCAGUGUAGCCGUUGCAGUGAAGUCUUCUGUUUUAAAUGCCGUCAGAUGUACCACGCACCCACAGACUGUGCAACGAUCCGGAAAUGGCUGAUAAAAUGUGCAGAUGACUCGGAGACGGCUAACUACAUCAGCGCGCACACUAAAGAUUGUCCUAAGUGCAAUAUUUGCAUUGAGAAGAACGGAGGAUGCAAUCACAUGCAAUGCUCCAAGUGCAAACACGACUUCUGCUGGAUGUGUCUUGGUGACUGGAAGACUCAUGGCAGUGAAUACUACGAGUGCAGCCGCUACAAAGAAAACCCUGAUAUAGUCAACCAGAGCCAGCAGGCUCAGGCCAGAGAGGCCCUCAAGAAAUACCUCUUCUACUUUGAGAGGUGGGAGAAUCACAACAAGUCUCUGCAGUUGGAGGCUCAGACAUACCAGAGGAUCCAGGAGAAGAUCCAGGAGAGAGUGAUGAACAACCUUGGAACCUGGAUCGACUGGCAGUACCUGCAUAACGCUGCAAAGCUACUGGCUAAGUGUCGCUACACUCUGCAGUACACGUACCCAUAUGCCUAUUACAUGGAGUCCGGCCCACGCAAGAAACUGUUUGAGUACCAGCAGGCCCAGCUGGAAGCAGAAAUUGAAAACCUGUCGUGGAAGGUGGAGCGGGCCGACACCUACGAGAGGGGCGUGGUGGGAGGCGAGGGGGAGAUCAGCGCCAGCGACAGAGGGGAUCUGGAGAAUCAGAUGCACAUUGCUGAGAAGAAGAGACGCACGCUGCUGAACGGUUUCCAAGACACCUGAAGCCCCAUCGCGACUGCAAAGCACCAGCAUCUCCCUCCUUCCUCUCUUCCUUGCCUCGUGUCUUUGCUUCCUUCCAUGGCCAUCCCUUGGUGCAGUCAUACCAACCCAUCCUUUUGCUUCUCCACUCGCUCAUUUGCUUCUUUCUUUCUGUCUUUCCCUCUUCUCGCUCCCAUAAUGCUGCAGGGUCAGAGAAUGGCACGAUUGUAUCUCCCUUCUCCCUUAUUCGCAUCAACACCUCAUUUACAUGUUUGGCUCCAGAUCAUCACGUUCACCGUGGUUAAAGCUUUUCAGAUCUGAUCAUAAAGGUCAAAUUUUGAGAUCAUGUCAUGUGACUAAAACAGUUGGUGUGCUCUAAUUCCACACAAAGCAUUUGGACACUGACACGAGCAGCUAGAAACAACAUGUUGCGCCUUGAAAGAGUCAGAGCUGUUAGAUUAUUCCUGUGAUGCUGGAAUAAUCAUUAGAGAAAAAUGGUAAAAUGAUCAAGAUGCUUUUGUUGUUUAGCAGACAAGGGAGAUGUGGGAGAUGGAAUGCAUUUCUCUAAGGAGACUGUGCUGAUUGUGGAUCUGUAAAUGGUGGUUUCAAGUAGACCAUAAUGACUAGGUGGUACUUGCUGGCAGUUGUACUUACUGGAGUGGCCUGAACCGUAUGAUAAGAAUAGGCCAGAAACAUGCAAAGUUGCUUUUCGGAGCACAUUUAAAAUUCAGUUACCUCUCCUUAGCUGCAGAAGUUUAAUUGAUAUAAUGAAAAUAAAAUGUAUAACAUCAAAGAUGAUUGAGUAGUUAAAUGUAAGAAGCUCCCCUCUAGUGUUUGAUACUCUUAGAUAAAAUGUGUCACUGCCCUUGCUUUGUUUUGAAACUAACUAUAUUAUCCACCAGGACAGGUGCAACUUCACAGGAUAUGAAGAAUUCUCAAUGGCAGAUUAUGGACACCUUUCAUUGUAUAGGUGUUUCUUUGGGUUUUUUUUCACGUAUUCUGCCAUAAACGUGUAUAGGGUGUGUUUACUGUGGAGAAAUGGUGACUUCUCAGUCCCACAUACUCCUUGAGUUAAAAUACAGUAUUUUCCUACUGAGAUGCAUGUUCACUUAAACAAAGUACGUAAGAAUAAGAUGAUGUACUUAAAUAACAACUUUUUUGGUUUUUUUUGCCAGUGUUUCACAAUAAACACACCUUCCCCAUUUGUUUGUUGUGUUAGUAACUAACCUGACCUACUACUGCCAGCAAAUAGUUGCUAGUCAUUUUAGUCCAAGUACAACUACUGAAAUACCCAUUUUUGUCUCUUUACGUACUCCUACUGAUGUUGUUGCUUGAUUGUGUUCAGCUAGUUUAGAUCCAAACCAGUGUGAGCCACACCUUCUCCAUAACAAUUUAACAUUUGCACCUCCACUGACCAGCCGAUGAACUUGAGUGUAAUCUCAGUCAUCCAUGCACACUACAGCACCCACACACCGACAUUAACAUAGCAUUUGCACGCACAUACCAUGCUCACAUUGACACACUCAUGCUCAAACACUCCUCUGCAGAAAAUAAACGUUAACGGUUAAUUUGUCUCCUUCCCCCAUCUUGUGCUCUCUUCUCUUUCUUUACAUUUGUCCCUCACUUUAUUUUGCUCCUUAUUUUUUCUUUACUUCCUGCUCACAUUGUUCACUUUUCUUCUGGAAAAUGGCUGUUGAUAGAUCGUUUAAAAAAAACUGAAAAAGGAAAAAAAAUGGUUGUAAUUUUCAACAGUUGUACAUUAAUACAGAAAUAGUUACUGAGAGUUUUUAAA